GUCUUAUGGGGUCUUUUAUUGUGACAUCAGCCGCCGGGGUCACAUGGUGCGCGGUGUGAGACUUGACAGCAGGUCAGCGGAGGAGAGAAAGGAGGAAUGAAUCAUCAGGAGGAGAGAGACUGAUGAGCUGACCUCAGACCAGCUGCAGUCUCUGCUUAAGGUCCCUGAACGCACCGUGGGUUGUCGGGUCCUGCCGGGUCUGUCCGGUUCGGUUCUGCAGCGUGUUUCCCUUCUUUUCUGGAUAUUUUCUCUGGUAUGAAUGAUGCCGGAUCAGAUCUCAGUGUGUGAGUUCCUGUCGGAGACCACCGAGGACUACAACUCCCCCACCACGUCCAGCUUCACCACCCGGUUGCAGAGCUGCAGGAACACCGUCAGCAUCCUGGAGGAGGCUCUGGAUCAGGAUCGCUCAGCUCUGCAGAAGGUGAAGAAGUCGGUGAAAUCCAUCUACAGCUCAGGACAAGAGCAUGCUGGGAACCAGGACAGCUUCAGUCAGGCUCUGGAGAGACUGGGAGGAAAUAACUCUGAACUGGGAACUGCUUUCGUUAAGUUCUCCUGCCUCGUUAAAGAGUUGGCUGAUCUGCUGAAGAACCUGCUGCAGAGUCUGAGUCAUAAUGUGGUUUUCACUCUGGACUCGCUGUUAAAAGGAGAUCUGAAGGGAAUCAAAGGAGAUCUGAAGAAACCCUUCGAUAAAGCCUGGAAGGACUACGAGACCAAGCUCACAAAGAUCGAGAGGGAGAAGAGAGAACACGCCAAACAACACGGGAUGAUCCGCACCGAAAUCACUGGAGCUGAAAUCGCUGAAGAGAUGGAGAAAGAGAGGCGGCUGUUCCAGCUGCAGAUGUGUGAGUAUCUGAUCAAAGUCAACGAGAUCAAAGUGAAGAAGGGAGUGGACCUGCUGCAGAACCUCAUCAAGUAUUACCACGCACAGUGCAAUUUCUUUCAGGACGGUUUGAAAACAGCUGACAAACUGAAGCAGUACAUCGAGAAGCUGGCUGCUGACCUGUACAAUAUCAAACAGAGUCAGGAUGAGGAGAAGAAUCAGCUGACGGCUCUCAGAGAUCUCAUCAAGAGCUCCUUACAGCUGGACCAGAGAGAGUCCAGGAGAGACUCUCAGAGUAAACAGAGUGGCUACAGUAUGCACCAGCUGCAGGGGAACAAGGAGUUUGGCAGUGAGAAGAAAGGAUACCUGCUGAAGAAAAGUGACGGACUCAGGAAGGUCUGGCAGCGACGGAAAUGUUCAGUGAAGAGCGGCUUCCUCACCAUCUCACACGCUACAUCUAACAGGCAGCCGGUCAGACUGAACCUGCUCACCUGUCAGGUGAAACCCAGCGGAGAAGACAAGAAAUGCUUCAUCCUCGUCUCCCAUAAUCGCACGUAUCACUUCCAGGCUGAAGACGAGCAGGAGUUUGUCAGCUGGGUGUCUGUGUUGACCAACAGUAAGGAGGAGGCCCUGAAUGUGGCGUUUCAGGGCGGAGCUCAGAGUUCAGGUGUGGAGGAGGAAGAGGAGCUUACCAAGAGCAUCAUAGACGAGGUGCUGCGGUCGCCAGGCAACGACACCUGCUGCGACUGUGGAGCCGCAGAUCCUCGCUGGCUCUCCACCAACCUGGGUGUCCUGACCUGCAUUGAAUGUUCAGGGAUCCACAGGGAGAUGGGAGUCCACGUGUCCCGAAUCCAGAGUCUGGAACUGGACAAACUGGGAACCUCUGAGCUGCUGGUUGCCAGGAAUGUUGGGAACUGUAGUUUUAAUGAGAUCAUGGAGGCCAGCCUGCCGUCUCCGUCCUUGAAGCCGUCCGCUUCUAGUAACAUGAUGGCGAGGAAGGAGUUCAUCAACGCCAAGUACAUCGAGCGUAAGUUCAUCAGGCGCACCGUCACCACAGCAACCAGCAGGCUGGAUGAUGUGUACGAGGCAGUGCGGUCCCGAGACCUGCUGUCAAUUAUCCAGCUGUACGCUGAGGGGGUGGAGCUUCUGCAGCCACUGCCUGAACCAGGCAAGGAGGCUGGAGAGACGAUGUUACAUCACUGUGUUCGGACAUCUGAUCACUCCUCCCUGCACCUGGUCGACUUCCUGGUCCAAAACAGUGGGAACCUGGACGGACAGACUGAUGGAGGAAACACAGCUCUGCAUUACUGCUGUCUGUACAACAAACCUCAGUGUGUGAAACUGCUGCUGAGAGGGAAACCUGACAUCCACCUCCCCAAUCAGAGCGGAGAGAUGGCACUGGACAUCGCCCGCAGACUGAAGAACAUUCAGUGUGAAGAACCGCUGGCGGAGGCGGUGUCUGGCAGGUUUAACCCUCAUGUUCAUGUGGAAUACGACUGGAACCUCCGACUGGACGAACUGGACGAGAGUGACGACGAACUGGACGACAAGCCCAGUCCAGUGAAGAAGGAGCGUUCUCUUCGUCCUCAGAGUUUCUGUCCGUCCUCCAGUGUUUCCUCUCAGGAGAAGCUCUCUCUGCCGGCCUUCGCUCCCUCUCAAAGGGGGCAGCGUCUCUCCUACGGGGCGUUUGCUAACCCCGUCUACAUCACCUCCUCCGACACUCCUCCGUCCCCGGGGCCCGACACCACAGGACCUUCGUCCGCGGUCAGGGGCCAAGGGAAAGGCCAUGCCUCCGGGCCGCCCACCUCCCUCCCCCUCACCUCCCAGAGCAGUGGGGGAGGAGGAGGCAGCUCCACCCUUAAGAAGAGACCCCCUCCCCCUCCACCUGGACACAAGCGCACCCUGUCUGACCCCCCCAGCCCCAUUCUGCAGGGACCUCCAGGUAAAGGCAGUGAGAUGACCCCCCCACCUGGAAACAGGACGUCACCUGCCGACAAGUUUGAGGGAAUCCAGCAGCAGCCGAGUACGACCUCCAGUAACACCAAGUCCAUGCUGGGACCCAGAGUUCUCCCCAAACUACCUCAGAAAGUGGCUCUGAGGAAGAUCGACACCGUCCACCUGUCCUCUGGGGACAAACCUCCAGACCUCCUGCAGAAACCUUCCUCCUCCUCCUCCUCCCCCUCCCCCUCCUCGCAGCCUGACCUCCAGAAAUCUCCUCCCUUCAUCGACGCCUCCCCCAAACCCCCCCUCACCCCGCUGGCUGAGAAGCCUCCUCUGUCUGACCUCCCCCCGAAGCCCCUCCUCAAAGACCUCCCGCCCAAACCGCUGCUCUACGAGAGGCCCGGCCCUGCCCCCGCCCCCGCCGCCGCCGCCAUGGAGACGCAGGGCUCCAAGAUGGCGGCGGAGAGCCAGUCGUCUGUCCAGCGGGGGGAGGAGUCACCUCGACCGGCGGCGGAAGACGCUGAUGAGUCGACGGCGGUGGAGAUGCCCAUCCCCUUGCCGAGGAAAAUCAAUUCUCUGAAGAGUAAAAUCCGACGAGUGAAAACCAUCUACGACUGUCAGGCCGACAACGAAGACGAGCUGACGUUCGCCGAGGGAGAAGUCAUCGUCGUCACCGGAGAGGAAGACCAGGAGUGGUGGAUCGGACACAUCGAGGGACAGCCGGACAGGAAAGGCGUCUUCCCCAUGUCCUUUGUUCACAUCCUCUCUGAUUGACAGCCAGAGAGACAAGCCCCGCCCACCCGCAGCACUCACACAGGUGACUGUGGGCGGAGUCAGUCAGCUGACCGACAGGAAGCCACCGAGCCCUUGCUGUAAAUAGACUUAGUUGUUCUGCCGAACAGUGUUACCGUAGCAACCCAGCAUGCAGGUGUGGCCUCGCCAUAGCAACGGAAUCUGCAGAGAAGGAACGAGAGACACUGCCCUCUGCUGGACAAACACACCUGCAGCAGGAAAAACACUCAGAAGCACAAGAGAAGAAAAGAAGCACAACAUGAACCAGUCAGCUGAUCAGAGAAAUCUGUCUCGGUCUAAAAGCACAUCAACAAACUCAUCAGUCUCGUCUCACGCAGAGGACACCUGUCCUCGGCUCACCUGGUACAAACCUUUACUUCACAGGACGACACUAAAAGCAGAAUAAAUUCAGCUCCGGGUCGAUCCUCCGUCAUCUCAGCAGACUUUUCUUUAAACAAGUGAAACACUGGAGUCGUUUCAGCUGAAUCCACCAGUCCCAGAGAGCAUCGCUGUUAGAAACAUCCAAUCAGAGAGGACCCAGGAUAGAUCCCUGUGGUGCACCAGAGAGAACAGCAGGAAAGAUCACAGUGAAACCAGUUUAUAGAAAUCAGAUGGAGCAGUCGGACAUCUAUGUGUCCUGGAUGUGUUAGCCUAGCUUAGCACAAAGACUGGAAGCGGUGGGAAACUGCUAGCCUAGCUCAUAACUGGACCAGGGUUUACACACAGCUGACCGGACAAACGGGAAGAUUUCCCAAAAUGUAAAAUUGUUCCUAAAGUUUAUUGUGUGUUUAAUGGAAGUGAGAGUUAACCAGAGGAAAGAAACAUGGAGACGUCUCAACAGUUUCCUCCUGAUCAGAAAACUGUUUAAUUAUCAGCUUGUGAUCUCAUAAUUAUUGUCAGUCUUGAAACUGUAACAUACAGAUCUCAUGAUGACAAAGAUGAAAAAUAAAUCUCUUCAUUAUGAGACAGUUUUCCUGUAAUUAUGAUUUCAUUUUAUAAUCAUGACAUAAUGUCUCUUUGUCGUCUUGUGCUGAACAUAUUGAUGGUGUUUGACAGCUGACUGAUGGAGCUGAAUCUUAUGUUUAUGUGUAUUUAUUGAGAGGAACACAACAAACAUGUUAUUAAAAUGUUGUUAAAGGGAAAGAUGCUGUCUGUUGAUCAAUUGAACAUGUUUUUAUGUUGUUCAUCCCUCAAGUCUGUUUACACUUUGUGCUUUGCUGUUGGUUCACUUGAACCUGAGCUGAUCCUGAUCCUGAUCCUGAUCCUGAUCCUGAGCUGAGCCUGAGUCAGGCCUGAGUCGAGGCUGAACCACUACUAAACCACCAUCACUGGAUAAUAAAGACGUGAGGAGUGAACUCAGCUUGUCUGUGACCACAGCAACUUAUUAACAGCAGCUGAUUUUAAGCUCUUUAUACAAUAUUAACUGUAUUGAUCUCUUGCAGGGACAUUAAAAAGGAAAUGGAACAGCAUGAUUUACAUAAAUAGUAACUACAGUCACAGCAUAGUGUUGGUUAGUGUCGUCUAUAGAUAUCUACGGUGGCCCCUGAGGACAAAACACAAACACUCAGAGCAACGUAACAAACACAAAUGUUUGUGUGUUUUGUCACUUUGUGGCUGAAAAUUAAAAAAAACUUUCUUUUAACAUCCAAACCAGCAGGAGGCGGCAGUGAGGGGGAGAAGAACCCGGGGCCAAACUGUCCCCAUCACACACACACAUACAUACACACACACACACACACACACGCGCACACACACACUGGGGCCCCGGGGCCUCUCAGGGCUCCUGAUGAUCACAUUUAGUUUGGGAGAAAGUUCAAAUCAACGAAAAAAAUAAGUCUGUUGAUUCUGUAGAAAAUGUAUUUUAUUUAUAACACACACACACACACACACACACACACGCGCGCGCGCACACACACACACACACACACACACACACACACACCUGUGGAGUUCCCCCUGAGGGCAGGUGUAUUGAUCAGUUUGAUGUAUUGAUAGAUCAGUGAUUGGACCAAACUUCCUGGCUCUCUGUGGGAGGGGACCGGUGACUCCGGGAUCUCAGACCCGUCAGACGGUGUGUUCUCGGCGGGCAGAUGCCAUGUGGAUGCGGGCUGCUGUCCUGUAGGAUGCGGGUUCACCGCCGUCUCCGAGCCGCCGAUGAGCACCGCGGGGCCGGGGAGGGAGCCCGCAGCUGCCGGCAGACCUGACGACGCCGCCGGGAACCAGCUGGUCCGGGCAGCCGCUCUCACCGCGUCCCCCUGGCCGGCUGCAGGGUCCCCGGGCCCCGGUCUGUCUCCCUGUCGGUUCAGCAUCUGGACCCGGACCAGGUGAAAGUCAUGAGGGGAGAUUUACAGCAAAGGACGCUGCUGCGGUUUAUUAUUUCUACAUACUGACUAAAUUCUGGUGUAAGAUACAAACAAUAAAAUAUUAUUUCUACAUGUAAACUCA